AGGCUGCGGACAAAGAGAGACUUUUUACCAAGGGAUAUAAUUUGUACACUUGUAGUUCCUCCGAGUGAAACAAAUAAGUCCUUUUUCGUGUUUUGUCAAUACCGUGCUUAAGCACAAAAAUGAAACCAUGACAAGCUCAAGCGACAACGAAUCAAGCAGUGAGGGUGACAAUCCCAACAGGGCGGAUCCUGAAAAAUCUGCGUCGAAGUUGCGGAAAUCCGAUGGAGAUAGCGACGAUGAAUCGGACCAUGAAGACAGCGACGCGAGUUCCGCACCAAACAAAUCGAACUCGGACGACAGUGACAACGACGACUCUUCCGACGACAAUGAUGAUGGCAGGCAGAAACAGAAUCGAAACUCCUCAUCCAGCAAGUCAUCAUCUUCCAAAUCUGGUGCCAACCGCAAUAAAUCCUCCGAUAGAGCAAGCGAAGAAAAAGAUUCUUCGUCAGAACGACAAGAAGAUUCGGAUAGUUCAAGUGCUGCUUCCUCAUCUUCCUCGGGGCAAAAAUCGUCUUCCUCUUCCGCGGCAAGUCUCAAUGUCCUCUCGAGACCGAAGCGGCGCAUUGUCGCACCGCCGCAGCGGGCCGAGUUUUCCAAGAAGCAACGGGAGGAGGAAGAUGAAUUCUGGCAGCACGUGCUGGGCGGCGAUGGGUCGGCCGGGGGUGGAGGGGAUGAAAGGGGUGAAAAAGAAAAAAAGCAAAAUAAGGAAGAAAUCCUUAGUCGCACUCGCAAGAACAACACUCUUCCUUCAAAACAAACGGUCAAAAGCAGCAGUUCUUCUUCAUCUCGAAGACGACCCGCGAUACAAGGCGCAGCUGGUGGUGGAGCGGUGAGUUCCUCGCCUGCGGAGGAGGACGUUCUUGAUGUUGACCAGGAGCAGAGUAGAGUAUCGUCUGUGAAAAUAAACCAAGCUGAAAAUAGUAACAUAGCUGGUGAGACAAGUGACGGAGAUCAUGAAGAAAGAUCUUCUGACGAGAAUGGGGAAAACCAAGAUGACGAAUCCAGAAGUAGGGAAAGAACGGACGAAAGCGACAGCGAGUCUUCCCGGGACUGGGCCAAGGACUCCGAUCUGGACAGCAGCGAGUCUUCAAAUAGCGGCUCCUCGUCCGCAGACUCGCGAGACGUAGUACACUACUCCGAGAACGACGAGGGUGUGCCCAUGGUCGGGAAGAACAAAAAUGCUGGAAGCUCGAACCAGCGCGGCCGGCGCGGUAACAUGAAGCAACCGGCGGCGAAAAAGCGGCAACGAGGGAAGCAAGCCGGCGAAGACGACUCGUCGGACAGCGAGCGAAAAAGACGGAAGAGAAUCGCGGCACGGAAAGGCGCGUACGUUGACCCAUUUGCUGCCGGGCCAGGAGCUGCGACUUCCGACACGGGGAUCAAUGCUGCGUCCAAAUUCCAACAGGUGGCCUUGAAAUUCGGCCUCCGGAAGCCGAAGCGCAAGCCGCAGACCAAGACGCAGAUGACGCGAUUGCUCGAGGCCAAGGACCGGGAGGAAGUGAUUCAUGCGGAAACGAGGAGGCUCGCGGAAAUGAACCGGUUGCAGGUGCUCGCCAACACCUCGCGCCUCCAUCUAGAGCAGGCGCAGAACAAUACCGGUGCCGGGGAUGUUUUUAAGCGGAAACGGGAGGAAGAGAAGCGGUUGUUGCGGAUGCAUUACGGGACGAAGGUGUGGGUUAGUACAACCAGGGGGGUCGGGUCUGAGCGAAAUGGAGGAAGUAGUAGCGCGAGUGCAGUUCCAGAUCCUUCUCGGCCGCAGGAGAAAGACUUGAGCGUUGUGGAUCUGCGUUAUCCGCCGGAAUGUCGCGUUGAAGGACCAGAGAUUUAUCAGGAAUAUAUGGUGUACCGUCCGCGAGGCACCUUUGUUUCUUACCCCUAUCAGCGAAUGAGAGAAUUGCAACCGGCGCAAAAUUCUGUUGGAAUGAGGACAGGUGGAGGCUCUUCAGCUUUUCCGAGGCGAUGAGAAAGCAAACUUCUGCGACAGGGAUUGGACAUACACACGCAAUAAGCGCGGUUAUGUUUUCAGCGACAACGACCAUACUUAAAUUGAAAGACGCAUAGCAUGCGAAAAAUGAACGAGAAGGAAGACGUGUUCAGA